AGGGAGAAAUAGUGGCUUUCCUCGCCAAUAGCGCCUCAGCGUCUAGGGUUGUUCCUGGGCCGCUGCUCUAGGUCCCGGCUGCGCUACGAGGUUGCGCAGACUGUGGUGGCGAGACGCUGCCUGUGGAGGUCUUGGUUGCAAGCGAGGGAGGUGCAACAUCCAGGGGACGACAUGCCAACUGCCAAGCAACUAGCUGACAUUGGUUACAAGACCUUCUCCACCUCCAUGAUGCUUCUCACUGUGUAUGGCGGUUACCUCUGCAGUGUCCGAGCCUACCGCUAUUUCCAGCGGCGCAGCUCCCAGCGCCAGGCUGCAGAAGAACAGAAGACAUCAGGAGCCCUGUAGAGCGGUCUAUUUUUCCUUGACCAGAGAGGCAUGCUGUGGAAAGACCUCACCUGCAAUCACAUCCAAGUCAAGAGACUAGUAGGGUCUUAAUGGUUUUCAAACCCUGCUGGGGAAAAGUGCCCGUGUUUUCUCUGGAACUGCCAGUUUGGGGAGGCUAUCAAAUCAUAAAAGGAUGAGGCACACCAACAGACAUUAAAUAUUUUGCCAUGUCUGUG